AUGAACACCACCGUCCCCGCCAUCGGCUACUGGGACCACUACACCACCCUCGCCGCCACCACCACCUUGACCCGCCUCGAGUGCCUCUGGCAGGCGUGGUACCAGUGGUGGCACCACGACGUGGUGGCGACGGGGCUCCUCUUCUUCCUCGUCCACGAGCUCAUGUACUUUGGCCGGUGCAUCCCCUGGUACAUCAUCGACCGGGUCCCCUACUUCCGCCGCUACAAAAUCCAGCCGGAUAAGCUCCCCUCCGACGCCGAGCAGUGGGAGUGCCUCAAGCUGGUGCUCAAAUCGCACUUUGUCGUCGAGGCGCUCCCGAUCUGGCUCUUCCACCCGGUGUGCCGCCAGCUUAAGAUCGCGGUGCUGGUGCCGUUCCCGGCGGCGACGACGGUGGCGUGGCAGGUGGCGCUAUUUUUCGUGUUGGAAGACAUGUGGCACUACUGGGCCCACCGCCUCUUCCACGUCGGGUGGUUCUACAAACACAUCCACAAGCAGCACCACCGCUACGCCGCCCCCUUUGGCCUCGCCGCCGAGUACGCCCACCCGGUCGAGGUGAUGCUGCUUGGCUUUGGCACCGUGGGGUUCCCCGUCAUCUACGCCGCCCUCGCCGCGCGCUACCCGCACUGGCAGUGGCCCGACUUGCAUUUGUUCACCAUCGCGGUGUGGAUCAGCUUGCGGUUGUGGCAGGCGGUCGACGCCCACUCCGGGUACGAGUUUCCCUGGUCGUUGCACCACUUUGUGCCGUUCUGGGCCGGCGCCGACCACCACGACGACCACCACCACUACUUCAUCGGCAACUACGCCCUGCUGUUCCGGUGGUUCGACUACAUGCUCGACACCGAGCUGACCGGGGCGCUGAGGGCGCGGCGCGCCCACCGCAGCCGGACGCGGGCUGAGGCGGCGGUGAAGGCCAAAGUGGCGUAG